GAAUGUGCCUUCGCGGCCGCCGUACUUGUUUUGGACUGGGAACUAGCUAGUAGUCGUGCUAACCACAAGCUAGGUGUAGCAAUGGCUGAAUAUUCUCACGUAAAAUCAACUAAACUGGUUUUGAAAGGUCUUAACAAAGGGAAAAAGAGAAAGAAUAAAGAUAAGAAGAAAAAAACGGGAGAUGAAGAAAAACCUGAUAUUGUUGGUGGUUGGUGGUCUGUCAGCAACUUUGGGGAUAUAACUGGAUCGGUUGCCAUAGAGAUGCACAAAAACUCAUACAUCCAUGCCCUGGAUAGUGGACUCUUUACAAUCGGUGCACCGCACAAAGACGAUGAAGGACCUGACCCUCCUGAACAGUUGACUGCCGUCAAGGUCUCAGACACAAGGAUAGCCUUGAAGUCUGGAUAUGGAAAGUACCUGGGUAUCACCUCGGAGGGUUUGGUGGUGGGCCGCUCUGAUGCCAUCGGCUCCAGGGAACAAUGGGAGGUGGUCUUUCAGGAGGGCAGAAUGGCUCUCCUGGCAGCAAAUAGCUGUUUCAUCUCCUACAGUGAGAGUGGGGACAUCGAAGCCAAGAGCAAGACAGCAGGGGAUGACGAGAUGGUGAAGAUCAGAUCAGGUGUGGAACAAGAGGUCAAACGUAAAGAUGACAUUGCAGAAGAGGACAGGGGCAACGUGAAGUCCUGCGAGCUCAGUUAUGUCAAGAAGUUUCAGAGUUUUCAAGAUCGGCGGCUCAGGGUUAAUGAAGGAGACUCCACCACGCUAAAGAGGGCCAGAACGGACGGGAAGUUUCACGAAGAAUUGCUCGACAGGAGAAGUCAAAUGAAAGCAGACAGGUACUGCAAGUGAAGACUUAACUUUGUAGAUUACCGCCAUGUCUUGGUGAAUGUCUUGAUUUUUAUAAAGUUGGCCAUUUGAUCUGAAAUUGAAUGUACUGCAGUUUUUUUUUUUUUUAAUAAAAUGACAUGGUCAAA